AUGUACAAAAGGUCAUUCAGGAGCGUUUCUUAUGAAAAUGUGUCAAGACAUGAUACUCCAAAAUACAGUGCCAUCUACACGAUGGAUGGAUGUGAGAUGAAGAAAGAGCAGGACUACAUAAGGAGGGUUCUGGAAAGCAAGCGGAUCAAAUAUGAAGAGGUGGACCUCGCAGACCCCAACCACCAGCACGAGAAGAACAAUCUCUACCAAUUUCUCAGCUCCCUGGCGCCAGCAUCUCAGGACAGUCCCGACAACCACAGCAGAAACCUUCCUCCCCAACUUUUCAGUGGCAACUCGUACAGAGGAGACUUCAACAAAUUUUUCGAGGCAGUCGAGAGUGAACGUUUGUACGGACACCUCUGCCUGGAGAUUCCCGAGUUUGAAGUUGAAUACUUCAGGACGCAACGACAACAACAACAACAACAACAACAACAACAACAACAUCAUCAUCAACAACAGCAGUAA